CAACCGCUCUUCAUCUGACUCCUCCUCAGCAUGCCCGGGCAGCCCAAACGUCCCCCGGACCCUCCCUGCGCUGCUGCAAGCUCAAGCUCACCGCUGCGACGUGUCCCCGAGGGUCGCUUCGUCCCCCUCUGAGCGCCCCCGUGGCUCGUUGAUGCUCCAGCCCCUCCGAAAGGCAUCCGAGCAGCAGCACGAGGGGCCACGACGGCACCAGCGGUGCCAAGCAGCUGAGGAGGGGGAUUUAAGACUGCGAGGACCUUGUGGGUGCCAAGGACAUCGCCUUGUCCCCGCGACAGCAAUGCCGGCUUCUACUUAGCCCUCGGUGGACACCCAGGAAGGGAUGGGGCACCCCUCUACCUUCACCACCCCGUUGCCCUCUCCGGUCCUGGCUUCUCCGGUGCACGGGGAGCUUGUAGCGAUGUGAGCGGGGCCCUGCAGCUCGACAGCACCCAGCACCCGCCCCGCCGGGCGCCUCCAGCGCCCUCUCCUGCCCGCCCCGUCCCGCCAUGAUGUGCGAGGUGAUGCCCACCAUCAGCGAGGGGGACCCCCUGGGCCCCCCGCAGGGCUCCGAGGCGGAUGCCGACUUCGAGCAGCUGAUGGUGAACAUGCUGGACGAGAGGGACAAGCUGCUGGACACCCUGCGGGAGACCCGCGAGACGCUCUCCGUCACCCAGAGCCGCUUGCAGGAGGCCCUCCGGGAGCGUGACCAGCUCCAGAGGCAGCUCAACUCUGCCCUCCCGCAGGAGUUUGCCACGCUGACGCGGGAGCUCAGCGCGUGCCGAGAGCAGCUCCUGGAGAGGGAAGAGGAGAUCUCAGAGCUGAAAGCUGAGCGCAACAACACCCGGCUCUUGCUGGAGCACCUGGAGUGCCUGGUGUCGAGGCAUGAGCGGUCCCUGAGGAUGACCGUGGUCAAGCGUCAGGCCCAGUCGCCGUCUGGGGUUUCCAGCGAGGUCGAGGUGCUCAAGGCACUCAAGUCACUCUUUGAGCAUCACAAGGCGCUAGAUGAAAAGGUCAGGGAGCGCUUGCGAGCAUCCUUAGAGCGAGUGGCGACCUUAGAGGAGCAGCUCGUGGAUGCCCAUCGGCAGGUGGCAGCUCUGCAGCAAGGCGCCACACGGGAGGCCCCAGCAGGCGAGCGGGAUGAGAGAGAGCCCAAGGAGCCAGCACAGAAGCUUCCCUGGAAGCGGCUCUCCAACGGCUCUGUUCACCCCGACGAUGAGGCAGGGCGGGUGGUGGAGCUGCAGGAGCUCCUGGAGAAGCAGAAUUUCGAGGUGGUCCAAGCCAAGGAGCGCAUCUCUGCACUGGCUGCCAGCGUCGCGGAGCUGGAGGAGGACCUGGGCACCGCCAGGAAGGAUCUGAUCAAAUCAGAAGAGAUGAGCAGCAAGUACCAGCGGGACCUCCGAGAGGCUCUGGCUCAGAAGGAGGACAUGGAAGAGAGGAUCACCACGCUGGAGAAACGCUACCUAGCAGCCCAGCGAGAAGCUACCUCCAUCCACGACCUCAAUGACAAGCUGGAAAGCGAAUUAGCCAACAAGGAGUCCCUGCAUCGCCAGUGUGAGGAGAAAGCCCGGCACCUGCAGGAGCUGCUGGAGCUGGCGGAGCAGAAGCUGCAGCAGACGAUGCGGAAAGCAGAGACGCUGCCCGAGGUGGAAGCGGAGCUGGCCCAGCGCAUCGCAGCGCUCACCAAGGCAAAAGAGAGGCAUGGGAGCAUCGAGGAGCACCUCCGGCAGCUGGAGAGCCAGCUGGAAGAGAAGAACCAGGAGCUGGCCAGGGCCCGCCAGCGGGAGAAGAUGAACGAGGAGCACAACAAGCGGCUCUCGGACACCGUGGACCGGCUGCUGAGCGAGUCUAACGAGCGGCUGCAGCUGCACCUCAAGGAGAGGAUGGCAGCCUUGGAGGAGAAGAACACAUUGUUACAAGAGCUGGAAAAUACCCAAAAGCAGAUAGAGGAACACCAGCACGACAAGCGACGGCUGUCAGACGAGAUCGACAAACUGCGGCUGGAGGUCGAUCAGCUCAAGACCAGGAGUGGGACAUUCGUGGAGGGCGUGCACACGAGGUCCCACAUGGGCAGUGCCACGGACCUGCGCUUCCCGCUGAGCGCCGUGGUCCAUGCCCCCGCUGAGCCCUUUGGGACAGCCCCGGGCCUGCCUCGGGCGCAGAAAGGGCGAUUCGCCGCCCGGCGAGAGGAGCCGGCCAAGGACUGGGAGCAGGCCCAGGCAGGCAGCGUCCUGGCCACGGGGCCUCACGCCUUUGACAGCGACCCUGAGAUCUCCGACGUGGAUGAGGAUGACCGCGAGACGCUCUUCAGCUCCAUGGACGUGCUCUCCCCUGGCGGGCACUCGGACGCUCAGACCUUGGCCAUGAUGCUCCAGGAGCAGCUGGACGCCAUCAAUGAGGAGAUCAGGAUGAUCCAAGAGGAGAAGGAGUCCACUGAGCUCCGUGCGGAGGAGCUGGAGACGCGCGUGACGAGCGGCAGCAUGGAGGGCCUCAACCUCACCCAGCUGUGCAAGAGGGCCUCCAUCCCCACCUCGCUGACGGCCCUGUCCCUGGCCAGCUCGUCCCCGCCGCUCAGUGGCCGCUCCACCCCCAAGCUGACCUCCCGCAGCGCCGCUCAGGACCUCGACCGCAUGGGGAUCAUGACGCUGCCCAGUGACUUGAGGAAGCACCGGAGGAAACUGCUAUCACCCGCAGCUCGGGAUGAAAGCCGAGAGGAUAAAACCACCAUCAAAUGCGAGACUUCCCCCCCGUCCUCACCCAGGACGUUGCGGCUGGAGAAGCUGGGUCACCCCGCGCUGAGUCAGGAGGACGGGAAGAGCUCCCUGGAAGAGCAGGCCAGCAACCUCAGCAGCAACAGCAGCCAGGACUCCUUGCACAAGGGCUCCAAGAGGAAGGGGAUCAAAUCUUCCAUCGGGCGCUUGUUUGGGAAAAAAGAGAAGGGCCGCUUGAUUCAGCUGAGCAGAGAAGGGGCCACAGGGCAGGUGCUGCUGACCGACACAGAGGUGGGCAUCCAGGACCCUCUGGGACUCGGCAAGCUGGGUGCUCAGGCUGAGAAGGAUCGUCGCCUGCGGAAAAAGCAUGAACUUCUGGAAGAGGCCCGGAGGAAAGGAUUGCCUUUUGCCCACUGGGAUGGCCCCACCGUUGUCUCCUGGCUGGAGCUCUGGGUGGGAAUGCCUGCCUGGUACGUCGCUGCUUGCCGAGCCAACGUGAAGAGUGGAGCCAUCAUGUCAGCCUUGUCCGACACUGAGAUCCAGAGGGAGAUCGGCAUCAGCAACGCGCUGCAUCGCCUGAAGCUGCGCCUGGCCAUCCAGGAGAUGGUUUCGCUCACAAGCCCCUCGGCACCACCCACCUCACGGACAUCCUCUGGAAACGUCUGGGUCACCCACGAGGAGAUGGAGAACAUGGCGACGUCCACCAAGACGGACACAGAGGAAGGCAGCUGGGCACAGACACUGGCCUAUGGGGACAUGAACCAUGAGUGGAUUGGGAAUGAGUGGCUGCCCAGCCUGGGCCUCCCGCAGUAUCGCAGCUACUUCAUGGAGUGUCUCGUCGAUGCACGGAUGCUGGACCACCUCACCAAGAAAGAUCUCAGAGUGCACCUGAAGAUGGUGGACAGCUUCCACCGCACCAGCCUGCAGUACGGCAUCAUGUGCCUGAAGAGGCUCAACUAUGACCGCAAAGAGCUCGAGAGGAGGCGAGAAGAGACCCAGCAUGAAAUCAAAGACGUGCUGGUGUGGACCAACGACCAGGUCAUCCACUGGAUCCAGUCCAUCGGGCUUCGCGAGUACGCGAACAACCUCGUUGAGAGCGGGGUGCACGGGGCGCUCCUGGCCCUCGACGAAAACUUCGACCACAACAGCCUGGCGCUCGUCUUGCAAAUCCCCACACAGAACACGCAGGCUCGACAAGUGCUGGAGAGGGAGUUCAACAAUCUGCUUGCAUUGGGCACAGAUCGAAGGCUGGAUGAUGGUGAUGACAAAACCUUCCGGCGAACCCCGUCCUGGCGAAAGCGCUUCCGCCCACGAGAUGUUCACAGCAUCAACAUGCUCAGUGGCUCGGCCGAGACGUUGCCCGCCGGCUUCCGUGUCACCAGCCUGGUGCCCCUGCCACCCCCAUCCGCCCCUGCCAAGAAAAUGCCCCCAGAAGCACAUCCCCACUAUCCGUUCAGCCACGUGCUGGCUGCCUUUCAGGACAAGGCCAGAGCCCAGCCUGUGCCUGUUCCUCGGCCCAGACCAACAGAUGCCGCAGUGCUCCUGCCACGGCCUGAAAAGGAUGCUCUCCCUUCUGCUUGUGCACCCCGCUGCUUCCCCCGGCUCCCCGUGCCUCCCACCCGUGGCUUUUCUGCCCACCCCACGCUGCACCAGCCAGGCUAGAGGUGCACUCGCCGGGUGCCAGCUCCGUCGCUGGUGGAAGUGUGGUGCAACCCAUCAGAGAUGCGGAGACGCCCCGAAAGCGGGCUGCGACAUUUGGAAACGUUUCUCCUGCCUGGUUCACAUUGCCAAUAUGCCACAGGCUGCUGCACCGGCACACCAGAGCUCCUCCAGGCAUCAAGGACACCGCUGCCCACAGGACUCGAAGCCAGGGAGGAUUCAGGCUCGUCUUCGUGCGAAAAUCCUGACACUGGGGUGAAUGGGCAAGGAGCUGCCCCCGGGACAGGACACGGGGGCUGAGGCCAGUGCCAGGGUGGGUGCUGCGCAGGAUGGGGCAGGGACCGGCUGCCGUGGGGGUGAGGAGCAGGCAGUCGGGGCAUUUCGGGGUGCUCACACGGCAGCUCUGCCAAGGGCUGCGUGGGGAAGGGCUGGACCGCCCCAUCCGGCUCGCUGCCAGCCAGGACGGUGCCAGGACCGUCCUUGGGGACCGGGGAGACGCGACGGGGGCACCCAGCACCCCAGGACGUGCCCAUCCCUUCCCUUCUAGGUGCAGAGGAGAUGCUCUCCCCUCCUGCCCCCAGGCUACGGGCAGGGAUCAAUCCAGGAGGCUCUCAGCUCUUCCCAUUUCUCCCCCGUAGGGUAGGAUCUCUUCGUCUCCUCAUGCCACGUUUGCCUUGUGUGGCCCCUAUUUCUGAUGUGAUAUUUAUUGAUGGCUGGAAUGACCUAUACUUAUCAUGUGCUGUCUGGAAGUGCAAUAUCUGAGAGGCUAUACAGUCACGAUGUCUUUUCGGUGUAUUAUUUGCCUAAUACAGUAUUAAAUAU